AGCGAUUAUAAGUAAAGUAGGCCUUGUUCACGAAGCCUCAGUGGGCCUCAAUAUCGGCUCAUGCUGACAAAUUUGGAAUUUAUGGUAACCGUUGUACAUACCUCGGUAUCCUCACAAGGAUAUGUCGCACAUUGCCGUAAACCCAGGAUGAGGAAAAAGUCGAGUAUUCUUAGAAUCGUAUCUCCCACGACUUUCUCCAAUCGGAAAACUUAGGCCUGGUUUCCUCCUCUCAUUCGCAUUUGCAUUUGCUAAGUCUUGGUCAAUUUUGUACAAGAACCCGUAGGUACAUGUUCGUCCAUCCCCGUUGCAUAUAUCUUAACCAUGUUUAUAAGAAAACGGCUCAAUCCGACUACGAGCUCAUACGCAAUGCCAUUGCCAUAUUUCCUUUGGCAGUGGACUCGAAGAACUACGACUUGCUCUCUGAGGGAUUUGCUCCAAACGUCGUCGUCGAGUACCCUGAACCGAUAGGAGUUACACGCGGUGUGAAGGAUCUACAGCAGGCUCUGGAACAUGUAUUGAAGGGCCUCGAAACACAUCAUGCUCUGUCGACACAGUCUAUCAAGCAAACCAGCCAAACGAGUGCUGACGGUACAACUUACUGUAUGGCGGUGCAUUUUGGCACUGGGAAAGCAACUGGACGUCAGGUGACUGGCUGGAGCCAUUCUCAAGACACACUGGAAAAGGGAAUUUUUGAUAACCAGGAAGGAUGGCGCAUUACGAAGCGAAAAGUCCAUUUUCACGUUCCUCAUUCUGCGGAUGGAUCGCUUCUCGGAAUCAAGGAGAAUUAGCUGUCAUACUCAAGAGAAAGUAAUGAUACUACAGCAGCCACGGCAACUUGCCCACAAUUUACCAAUGCAUCGUGCUUUCUGGCUCACUAUGUUGAGUUGAGCGCGAGUUUGAAGCAUAGCUUGAGCACCGCGUAGUUGGACUGUGUCCCGCAUUGUGUGGUUUUCCUUGAAAGCCUGAACCUGUCAUUGAGAAC